CUUUCUUGUCCCUGGAAUCCAGCUAUUGGCGUCGUGAUUUUGACCUUCCAUAUGUGAUUCUCCAAAUCAGACGCUUCAAUAUUGCCUCCGAGAUUCCAUACCUGGGGGAAGUAGAAACAGGGUAUAAUAGCUAAGCUCCUGGGCUUCCUCUGUCUCUGUCUCUGUCUCAGUCUCUUCCCCCCCCUCUCUCUCUCUCUCUCUCUCUCUGACUCAUUAUUCCUUUUCAUUCCCUUCGUUUAUCGUUUUCUCGCCGUAGAUCUCUCUGUGAGUGAGUGUGUUUUUGUUUUGAUUUCUCUUCCCGGUGAGUCCUCAGAUCGGUCAUUGGCCUUCUGAUGUGUGGACUUUUGACUCAGCUCGUGAUCCAAUAGUGCCGGAGCUGGGUUUUGUAACCGAUGGGGCAGUGCUACGGCAAGACUAAUCGGACGGUAGAAAAUGAGCCGAACGCUACAGGGACGACUACCAUCACAACGACCGUGGCCGACUCCGCCGUUCGCCCUCAGACGCCGGUGAGCUCCGUAGGAGGGAACGGCGUCUUCAGCGUUAAGAACACACCCGCUCAUUCGUCGAACCCGAGCCCCUGGCCCAGCCCGUACCCGCAUGGAGUGUCCGCCAGCCCAUUGCCAGCUGGAGUAUCGCCGUCGCCGGCAAGGGCCUCAACUCCGGGGAGGUUCUUCAAGCGGAGGUUCGCGCCGCCGUCUCCGGCGAAGCACAUAAAGUCGACGCUGGCGAAGCGGCUGGGCCACGGCAAGCCCAAGGAAGGUCCGAUCCCGGAAGAGCGCGGAACGGAGCAGGAACAGUUGCUGGACAAGAGCUUCGGGUACAGUAAGAACUUCGGAGCCAAGUACGAGCUUGGGGUGGAAGUGGGGAGAGGGCAUUUUGGUCAUACAUGCUCUGCUAGGGGCAAGAAAGGCGAGCUCAAAGAUCAACCCGUGGCUGUGAAGAUCAUUUCCAAAGCCAAGAUGACUACAGCAAUAUCAAUCGAAGAUGUUCGCAGAGAAGUGAAGAUUUUGAAAGCUUUAUCUGGGCAUAAGCAUCUUGUUAAAUUUUUUGAUGCAUAUGAAGACACCAACAAUGUGUACAUAGUAAUGGAAUUGUGUGAAGGUGGAGAACUUCUUGACAGAAUUUUGUCAAGAGGUGGAAAGUAUGCCGAGGAAGAUGCAAAAGUAAUUGUUGUUCAAAUUUUAAAUGUAGUUGCAUUUUGUCAUCUUCAAGGCGUUGUGCACCGUGACUUGAAACCAGAGAAUUUCCUUUUUACUUCUAGAAGUGAAGAUGCUUAUAUGAAGCUUAUUGAUUUUGGUCUUUCUGACUUUGUGAGACCAGAUGGAAGACUUAAUGAUAUUGUUGGAAGUGCAUACUACGUUGCACCUGAAGUCUUACAUAGAUCCUAUAGUCUUGAAGGAGACAUAUGGAGCAUUGGUGUUAUUACCUAUAUACUAUUAUGUGGAAGCCGCCCUUUUUGGGCACGGACUGAGUCAGGAAUUUUCCGUGCAGUGCUAAGAGCUGAUCCUAGUUUUGAUGAAUUACCAUGGCCUAAUGUGUCUCAUGAGGCCAGAGACUUUGUGAAAAGGCUUCUGAACAAGGAUUACAGGAAAAGAAUGACCGCUGUUCAAGCUCUAACUCACCCAUGGUUGCAGAAUGAUAGUCGUCCUAUUCCAUUGGAUAUAUUGAUUUAUAAGUUAGUUAAGUCUUAUCUUCAUGCUACACCUUUCAAACGUGCUGCACUGAAGGCUCUCUCAAAAGCUCUGACAGAUGAUGAAUUGAUAUAUCUUAGAGCCCAAUUCAGUCUUUUGGAACCAGAUGCAGAUGGACGUGUCUCUCUCCAGAAUUUCAAAAUGGCUCUUCUGCGAAAUUCAACUGAUGCCAUGAGGGAGUCGAGGGUUCUCGAUAUUCUGAAUACUAUGCAACCACUCUCCUAUAGAAAGAUGGAUUUUGAAGAGUUUUGCGCAGCUGCAAUUAGCACUCAUCAAUUGGAGGCACUUGAAGGAUGGGAGCAGAUAGCAUCUACUGCUUUUGAGCAUUUUGAACUGGAGGGUAACAGAGUCAUAUCAGUUGAAGAAUUGGCUAGGGAAUUGAAUCUUGGCCCUUCUGCUUAUACAAUCCUUAGAGACUGGAUUAGAAGCUCAGAUGGAAAGCUUAGUUUGCUUGGAUAUACUAAAUUUUUGCAUGGUGUGACGAUUCGUAGCUCAAAUACAAGACACCAUUAGUUCUUUUAGCCAUUUGACAUAUAGUUCCUUUUUUUUCCCUUCAAAAAAAAAAAAAAAAAAAAAAGAACAAAAAAAUUCAUGGGUUUCAGGGAAUUUUUCAUUUUCCUUUGGGGGUUGGGGUU